UACUACUGCUUUAAAAGUAGACUUAGCAUAUAGUUGGUCCUUCCUUCAUUUCAAAGAACUCAACUGUAAGCUAGUACUGACAGGUUUAUCAUCUCCUCAAGUAAUUGGAUAUUCUUAUACAAUAUACUAUUUCAUCAUCCCCUCCAAUAUACAAAAGUUAAUAAGAUAACCCAUGAAAAGAAUGGAUCUUUUCUGUUCCUCUCCGGCUUCCACAGCCAUAUGCUCAAGUAUAGACCAACGUUCCAUGGUCCGCCGCAGCCAUAGAGCAGCCACCGCCGAAGACCAUCAAAGUAGUCCAGCUUGGCUUCUUCAUAAUCGAUUUAAGAACAGUCUCCAGCCUCACGUCCCUUGUUCGUCUCAGUUGCCUAUCAACCCCAAAACUUUUAAGUACUACGAUCAUCAUCAAAAGAGUAGAAAGAGCUGUUCUUCUUCUUCUUCUUAUAAUAGUAGCAGUAAUAACUAUAAGCAAACUGAGGUACGUAGAAAAAGCUCAGCUGAUAUUUAUGAUUUGAAAGGUCCUUCAUCUGGUUCUUCUCGUUAUCUUUUGAGCGACGAUUCAUCAUCAUCAGCACCCUUCAUCGACUGGUUGUCGCCGGAGGGCGCCGAUGAUCAUCAACGACAUGUCGUUCCAGUUAAGACACCCUUUGUUGUUCCGCGCCCAACUGAACCGGCCAAAUAUAGGAGCCUCAGCUCAAAUGACUCGUCUGCUUUAAGGACUUCUUCAUCUACUCGCUCUCGUCACCAGGUUGUGGUUUUAAGGGUGUCUUUGCAUUGUAAGGGCUGUGAAGGGAAAGUAAGAAAACAUCUCUCCAAAAUGGAAGGAGUGACAUCAUUCAGUACAGACUUGGCAUCAAAGAAAGUGACAGUCAUUGGAGAUGUAACCCCCUUAGGUGUGUUAGCAAGCGUAUCAAAGGUGAAGAACGCUCAGCUCUGGCCUUCAACAACAUCAUCACCAUCUUCACCUUGGUCAGCUUGAGUUACUUUCAAGUAAUUAAUAAAUUUAAAGUUUUAGCAGCAUCAGGGCUGUUAGUUAUUUUCUUUUGUACCAAUAAUAAUAUUGUUAUUUAAUUAGUAUUUGUUUAAAUAAUAUCAAAUCUGUUUAAUGUAAAAUGUAAAUCAAAGUACUAUUGUUUGUUUUGUUUUGAAGAAGUUCAAGUGGGAGAUUAUUAGAUCAGUACUUAAA